AUGAUGUUCCCCUCGUGGCUGAAGUGGUACAAGAAGCCCGAAUACAGAGACAUCAAAGAGUAUUCCAGCGCCGUCAGCUCUGGAAGACGACCCCUCAGUCCCGAUGGACGCAGCAAGAGUGCCAUUCCUAGCCAAUUGAAGCUGGAGAGGGUGCUGGCGAACAAAACAUCAUUCAGCGUACAGAAUACUGAUUUGUCUCUUGCCGUCUACGCAGGCAGUCCCAUGUCCCUUUAUGACUUCUACAUGUACCUGAAGUACAUCGAAUUUUCCACAGAAAAUCUCGAAUUCUAUACCUGGUUUAAAGAUUAUGAGGCGAACUAUUCUUCGAACCGAAGCAUUGCUGCUUCAACAGAAAAGGACGAUGGCUUUCCCCUUAUCCCGGAGAAGAGCAUUGCGUCGAGCACAGAGGCUCCUGAAACGCCAUCUCUUGAUCCGGAUGUCGAAGUUGCCAACAAAACUCUUGGUCGAAUUUCUCAACUUCUAGGCGCUGAGGCGGUGUGCUCAUCGGGCGCCCCAUGCGGCCGCUCGUUCCAGGAUCAAAUCAAGCUCUUCGCGAAGAGCCAUUCCAGAUUCACAACAGCAAUCAACCCCAUCAGCAAUUCGCACCACGCAGUCAACUCGAACUUCGAUGAUCGGGCCGAACUUGACGUAAUUGUCACCAUGUUCCUCACCCCAGGUGCCGACAAGGAACUGAACAUUCCGCCUGCUAUGCGCGAUCAAGCUCUCCUCGCUAUACAACACUCAACCGACCCCAAUCAUCUUCGUCCUAUUGCCGAACACGUCUAUCAACUGAUCCGCAACUGUUCACAUCGCAAUUUCGUUCGCCUCGCCGUUGCCAACGGCACAUAUGAAACAUUAUGCAUGGCUACCGGAGUUGGCAUCGUUCUUACUUUAGCCGGAUUUUUAACCGUGAUGCUGCGCGCCUUCGUUCCUACCGUGGGGAAGCACCCUAGGUGGGAUGUCUUUGCUUCUUGGCCGAUGUGGUGGGUUGGGAUGAGUCUGAUUCUUUCUGGCCUUCGGGGAAGUUGCUUCUUCCUACUUCUCUUCACCCGCAGGCAACCCCUGCCAUGGGAGCGGGCAGAGAUGGAUGAAGCAGCAAAUACGAAAAAGCCCUCUUUCUUUCGAAGACACUUGUCCCGCAUCAUGAUUUUUGAUCGGAAGCUCAAAGUGAAAGAUGCUAACCUACGAAAACUACAACACAAAAUUGUCUGGCAGAGUAUGAUUGGAGGGGCAAUCUUUGCCUGCCUUUGUGUUUUGCUUUUUAUUUUCUUGCCAGUCUGGUCCGGGCCGAAGCUUCGUUGA